UUGUGUUUUGUUUUUAUCUUUUUUCUCUUUCUAUGUGGUAAGUCACAUUCUGAUUAAAAUAGAAAUGCUUUUUCCAUCGUAAGGAUCAUCUUUUCAUGCCGAUUGCAUCAGUGCAGAUUUCCUUAUUUACUCUUCUCUUCUAAAAUUUCCAUUUUUUUUUCUUCAUCUCUCCCAACUCCACUCAUAAAAUAAAUUUGUCUUUCUUUCCCAAAAUCCCUUUUUUUUUUUUUUUUCUUUUGCCUUUAGCUUUUUCUUUUUUUCUCCUCUGGAUCGUAUCAGUAAGCUGUGGAAGAAAUUGUGAGAAAAAAUGGAGAAUACCAAACGGAUUACUACGUCUUUCACCUGAAGAAAACCCUACUCAGAAGUUGAAUAAAAGCAGUGAUUUUUCUGACGAACAGAGACACCUAAAUGGGCUCAGAGCAGCACAGAUUUCCUCAGCAGGAACAGAGGAAAAGGUGGGGAGGUUGUUUAGGAGUGUUCUCUUGUCUCAAAUCACAAAAAGGUGGAAAAAGAAUUGUACCAGCAUCUCGCAUUCCUGAAGGCGGCAAUGUCUCGGUCUCACAACCUAAUGGAGCUCAUCAAGCUGGUGUCUUAAAUAAUCAAGCUGCAGGAGGGAUUAAUCUAUCUCUUCUGGCUCCACCUUCCUCUCCUGCUUCCUUCACCAAUUCAGCUCUUCCUUCAACCGCUCAGUCACCAAACUGCUACUUAUCGCUGGCUGCAAAUUCACCGGGAGGUCCUUCGUCGAGUAUGUAUGCCACUGGACCAUAUGCUCAUGAAACCCAAUUGGUCUCACCGCCUGUUUUCUCUACAUUCACCACCGAGCCUUCGACUGCUCCUUUCACUCCUCCUCCAGAGCUUGCACGUCUGACUGCUCCUUCUUCACCUGAUGUACCUUAUGCUCGUUUCUUGACUUCCUCCAUGGAUCUCAAGAACUCUGGUAAAGGUCAUUACAAUGUUUCAAGCGACCUUCAAGCUACAUAUUCUCUUUAUCCUGGUAGUCCAGCCAGCGCUCUUAGAUCACCAAUCUCUCGGGCUUCGGGAGAUGGGUUAUUAUCGCCUCAAAAUGGUAAAUGCUCAAGGAGUGAUUCUGGCAACACAUUUGGGUAUGACACAAAUGGAGUCUCCACACCUUUGCAGGAGUCAAACUUCUUCUGUCCCGAAACUUUUGCCAAGUUUUACCUGGAUCACGAUCCUUCGGUUCCUCAAAACGGUGGAAGAUUAAGCGUGUCCAAGGAUUCAGAUGUGUAUCCUACAAAUGGAUAUGGAAACGGUAACCAGAAUAGGCAAAACAGAAGUCCCAAGCAAGACAUGGAGGAGUUAGAAGCUUACAGGGCUUCCUUUGGGUUUAGUGCAGAUGAAAUCAUCACAACUAGUCAGUAUGUAGAGAUCACUGAUGUGAUGGAUGAUUCUUUUAACACAGCAGCUUACUCUCCAAGCGAUGGACAAAAGCUUCUUAGAAGAGAAGCAAAUCUGCUGAGUCAAACAAGCCCCAAAUCAGAAGCAGAUCUUGAUUCACAAGUUGUAGAAUUCCAUUCACCAAAGGCAUCAAAUGGCUACAAAGAUCACAAACAAAGAAACCGGAUCCAUGCGGAUGAAGAGGCCUUAUUGUCGAGAGUGGGGUCUGUAAAAGGAAGCAGAAGCUAUCCUAUUUCAAGCUCGGAUGCAGAGGUCGAAUACCGAAGAGGAAGAAGCUUAAGGGAAAGCAGAGAGAACAGACACAGGAUAGCCUGAUCAAGAACAACAAAGCCAGCUCUGUUCUUAAGGUCUUCUAAGUUCUAAAAAGUAUUAAAUAUGGAUCUUGUGAUGCUAACUCUCAAGAUAAUAAUCUAGUUUUUUUUAAAGUAUAUAUAGAUAUAUAUAUAUAUAUAAAUAUAAAUUACAGAUGGUUUUUAGUAGAAUGUUAUAUAUAAGAGAGAGCAAGGGUGCGAAAGUGAAUGCUUGUUUUUAGUUUGACAUGGCUUUUUUGUAAGACCCCAUCUUUUAUCUAAUUGCACCAAUCUGUUUCAGGUUCUUUACUCUCCUUUUUAUUGCAUUGUUAACAACUUAAGAUGUUAGAUUGGAACUUGUGAAUGUUGUUAAUUCGUGAUUUUCUAUAUAAA